AUGUCAGCAGACGAUCUUUUACCAGGGCAGAUAGCAGAUGAACCCCGCACAACUGAGGAAGUGUUAGCCAACAUCACUGUGGACAAAUUAGAUGACAACGUGAAGAAAUGGUUGAACGACCAGAACACCCAGACGCUGAAUGGAGCUUUGGCAUUUGUGCCGUUUAUUUUACAGCAGGCCUACUACGAAGGGAACCUGGAUGAAGAGCAGAUUGUUAUCCACAACGGCUCUGGAGGUGUGGUCUUCUCUGACGCGAGCGGCUUCACGGCCCUGACGGAGAAGUUGGCCAAGCAGAGCAACGGCGCCGAGCUGCUGUCGCAGUGCCUAACAGCCUUCUUUACGCCUUUGAUCGACCUGAUCAAUGCGUAUCGGGGUGAUACCAUCAAGUUUAGCGGCGAUGCGUUGAUGAUCUACUUCCCUUCAGUUGACGACACCAAGUCUACGGCCUUUAAUGGUAUCGUGCCGCCGCAUGGAUCCUUCGGCCUGGAUGACUUGGGUCCAAUGGCAACAGCAGUGCUCCGGGCGUCGGCGUGCUGCAUUGAGAUCCACAAGCGGCUUCAUAUGUUUGAGACAGGGGUUGAUGUCCGGCUGAGCUUGCACAUUGGCGUCGGAUGUGGAGAGAUCAGCAUCCUUCAGGUUGGGGGUGUCGUGCCACCAGAGACUCAUAUCCCGAGGAUUGAGUACUUGAUCGCUGGGGCACCUUUAGAACAGAUCUCAAUUGCCGAGCCUCUGGCCGAAAAUGGCGAGACCUGUCUCAGCCCGCAGGCUUGGGAGCUGGUCAAGGAUUGUGUGAUCGAGGGCAGGCCCCUCAAGGAUCGCAUGGACUUUCAUCUGCUCCUGAGAAUGGAUGAAUCGAAGUACACCUUCCCUACCAUCAAAUAUGCCACGCAGCUCUACGACUCGCGGGCAGAGAAUUGCUUCAAGCUAGCUCAACUCAACAUCACCAGGAGAUACAUCCCAUCUGCUGUGUUCAAGCAGAUCGAGUGUGGAACGCUUCCCUAUGUCAACGAGAUGCGCAAGAUUUCAGUGCUCUUCAUCAAUGGCUCCGGUCUGGACGUCAUGUCCCAGGAUGGCCCAAAGCAGGCGCAGGAACUGAUGUCUUCCGUGCAGAAAGUGUGCUACUCGCAUGAAGGAACUCUCAACAAGUUCCUGAUUGACGACAAGGGCAUGCUGUUUCUGCUGGUCUUCGGGCUGCCACCCUUGGUGCACCCCGACGACCCUGCACGGGCCGUGCUGGCCAGCAAGGAGCUGGUGAGUGUCUUCAAGCGCCUGAAACUGGUUGGGCGAUUUGGCGUCACCACUGGCCGCAGUUAUUGUGGCGUCUGUGGCAGUGCCAAGAGGAUGGAAUACACAGUUUUGGGUGACUGCGUCAACUUGUCAGCCCGCUUAAUGGCCAAUGCGCCCGCACUGGGUGUUCUCGCUGAUGAGGAGACCAGCAAACAGUCUACAGGUGAGAUGAUCUUCAAAGCACUGGCUCCCAUUAAGGUGAAGGGGAAAGCGAACCCCAUCCCGAUUUUCCAGCCAGUUCCUCGCGAGGCAGCUGGUGCCUGUGGUGUGACCAUGGAUCGGAAGAUUCGAUUUCCUUGGUACGACAAUCUCCUGGACGGCAGCAGCCUGACCUCCAAAGAUCCCGUCCUGACGGCCAAGACGAAGGUACAACACCUCUGCUCUAUACAGAAGUGGACAGCCAAUGUGAAAGUGGCUGAGAUGCUGGGUGGCCCCUUCAACAAGGUGCUGCAUUCUCCCGAGCAGACCAUUGGGUCUACUCCAGUGGGGCGCUCCAAGGCACCAGCUGGUAGCCCCUUCGCAGAUGGAGGUUUAGUCGUCAUCGAGGGAGCUACAGGCACUGGCAAGAUUGAGCUUGCUGAGCACAUUAUUGCGCAUUGUGCCACGCAGUUUCAGAUGAUGCCCGUCUUUGGCACCAUGGGCCCAAGGCCUGGGGAAUCCAAUCGGAUGGCCAUUGAGCUGCUGAGAAGUAUAGUGGCGGUCUACCGGAUGAUGAGUCCCAGCCUUCCGCCAGAUGAUGUGCAGGCACUGGAGAAACUCAUCUCACCUCAAUAUGCCGGCAGCAUGCCCACCUUGUCCGAGCUCCUGACCCAGAGUUCCGAUAGCCCAGCGGCACUGGAUGUUGCCCUGAAGGUGAUUGUCUCACUUCUUGCUGGGCUCAGAAGCAAGACAGGAAUCUUGGUGGUCCUUCAGUUUGAGCAGGGAACAAAUCUCUUCGAAAAGACGGCCGAAAAGGACCUGGCAAUCUUCUGGAGAUUCACCUCAGAGAUUAGUCUUCUGGUCAACAAGGAGAAGUCCGUCGCGGGGCUGGUUCUCGUCCGCAAGGCCGGUCAAGAUCAGCAGUGCGUGAAGGAUGCUAUGUCAUCAGGAAACCUCCUGAGCCUGAAUGGCCUCAACGAAGAGCACAUCCUGGAGUACAUGGCCAGCUACCUGGGUAUCCCCGAAGAUGCGGUGCCCCCUCCCUUGAGACGCUUCGUGUCACAGGUGACCAUGAGCAAUCCGCUCUACAUCCGGGAAACCUUGGAUCAGCUGCUGCAAGAUGGCAAUCUGAAGGUGAAGAGUGGCGCGUCGGCAAGUGCGGCUUUGGACAAAAUUGACAUUGCUGCAUGGAGCCAUACCGCCAUGGUGGGUGGCACAGUGUGCAAUAUCGAGUCCUUGGACCCCAUUGAGAUGGCGGCGCUGAAAAUGUCCACGUGCUUCGAAGGGUCUUUUACUCUUCCAGACUUGGCAGCAAGCAGUUGUUCGCAAUGGGGUGGAGCGACUCACUUUGACCUGCUACGGCUAUUCCGAGCCACUCGGAUGUUAGUGAGCAGAGGAUUCAUUGACAAGGUGCCGCCGCCCAGCAGAGAUUCGCCUCGCACCAGCGAGAGUGGCAAUAAUUUUGGCGACACUCAGUACUUCGCGAUGCAGAGUGCCCUCAUUCGCACCGUUGGUGCAUCAAUGGUAUUAGAGGCGCAGAAGAAGUCGGUGAAGCGAAAUGCGCUCAUUGAUAGAGUUCUGAAGCAAGACCUGCCAGAUCGAAUGACGGAGCUGGCUGCCAAAAAGUCUGUGCAGCACAUACCUUGGUACUACGAAAGAGCUCUCCGACGGAUGUUGCCAUAG